CGUGACUCCAGUGCUUCCGUGUCAGAGAGCGUAAUCACGUGGUCAACACAUACACGAGAAUAGAAACUGACAGUGACUGUUCGGUUUGACUGGAAAACACAGCAGGUUUGAGACUGAAAAGAAAACAAAUAAUGCAGCCGUCCUCCUGUGACACCUUUGUGGCUCUCCCCCCCUCCACUGAGGGACAACGCAUCAUCUUCGGGAAAAACUCCGACAGGCCCAGUGAUGAAGUGCAGGAGGUGGUGUAUUUUCCUGCCAAAUGUUACGGUGCAGGGGAGAAGGUUGAGUGUACGUACAUAGAGAUCGACCAGGUUGCCCACACGUAUGCAGUGGUGCUGAGCAGACCAGCCUGGCUGUGGGGGGCGGAGAUGGGUGCCAAUGAGAAUCAAGUGUGCAUUGGGAACGAGGCAGUGUGGGGCAGAGAGAGCGCUGAUGGUGAUGAGGCUCUUCUCGGCAUGGAUCUUCUCAGGCUCGGACUUGAGAGAGCCGACACGGCUGAGAAAGCGGUGGACGUCAUAACUGAGCUGCUAGAGAAAUACGGUCAGGGAGGAUCUUGCAUGGAGGAUGAGUCCGGCUUCACCUACCACAACAGCUUCCUCAUCUCGGACAGGAAGGAGGCCUGGCUGCUGGAAACAUCAGGGAAGCACUGGGCUGCAGAGAGAGUGGAAGGUGGAUAUCGCAACAUCUCGAACCAGUAUGGCAUAACAUCUAAGAUAGACAAGGAACAUCCGGAACUGAGGGAGUAUGCACGAAGCAAAGGCUGGUGGGACGGAGAGUCUCAGUUCAACUUCGCCACAGUCUUCUCCUUCAUGACCACGGCCAGAAUUGAGGCCUCAGGGAGCCGCUACUGUGAGGGGAAGAAGUUGUUGGAAAAAAGCCAAGGCCACAUCACAGCUGAGACGAUGAUGGGCAUCCUGAGGGAUAAAGACAGUGGCAUCAACAUGGAGGGCAUGUUCAUGACUACAGGAAGUAUGGUGUCAGUGAUCCCCACGAAUCCUGCUCUGCCAGGGGUUCACUAUUUUACAGCCACUCCAGACCCUGAAAGGUCUGUAUUCAAGCCGUUUAUCUUUGUGAAACACACCAAUCCGCUGAAGGAGACGACUUCUCCCAGUUACGGCCCAAAUGACCCUGUGAAGAAGAAACCGCGCUUUCAGAGCAAACCUGACCGCAAACACGAACUAUUUGUCAAACACCAAGCGGUGACUGCCAUCAUCGACUCUUACAAGGACAGAGGAAAGAAGAUCACAGAGUCGAUGAGGCAGCUGGAAAAGGAGAACAUGUCACGGAUGGAGAAGAUUCUUUCGCAUGGUGUUGAGCAGCCUGAUUUUUACGCAAAUCUGUUCCCGGACGCUGUCCAGGAGGAGAUGGCUGUGUACACCAAGAGCUGAAAAGCCUGAGACUUGACCUCAUACCACUUCUCAAGGGUGACAGUAUAAGUCUGUGGGGUUUGUGCCUUUCAGUCCGGUUCAAAUUCAAACAUCAUGCAUGCAUAAUAAAAUAACACCAUUGUACAAAACAAAAGAAGCAGCCUUGGAUACUCAGGCAGUAAAAUGUUGUACAGAAUGGACUCAAUAUUCGAAUUACAUUUAUGCACAGAUGACAACAUACACGAUUUUAGGGUUCAGUUGUAAAUUUUAUUUUUAAAUAAAUCAAAAUCACAAAUAUACAGCCUUUGACAGACAUUUUGUGCUGAACAGUAAAUUAAAUAUUUUUUUAUUAAAAAGACCAAAAUGUUUGAUUGAGUUAGUAAUAAACUCAAAUAUUUGCACUUAUAAAAUAAAAACAAGUUUCUAACUGCAUUAUAUAUAUAUAUAUACCUGAGUGAAACUUUAAAUUAUAGCAGCUCCUACGAAAGCCACUUUCAUGAGAUUCCCACGUUCAUAAAGUUCAUGUAAUAAUGAUAAUGGCCUUUGUAAUUUCUUGAAAUGUUGUUUGCGCUUCUUGUUAUUAAACAAUUUAACGGAUAUAACAAGGCAAUGGAAA